AUGGCCGACAUCCUUAUAAAUAAACUUGACCAGACCAAAGUUUUCCCUCCUUACUACAAUAAACCUGAAGAUUUGAUCGAUCCAGUAAAACAAAAAACUUCAGGAAUACCUCGCCCACCUAACGCUCUUGAUGUGCAAAAUCUACAUUCACAACGGUAUCCAGGAUACAAGUACAAACCUUCUCCCGCUCGUCCAAAAUCAUCUUCAGCUAACAAUUCCAAUAAUGGACAUUACCAACCUUACAUAAUUCCACAAAAAACACUCGUUGGACCAACACCAUUUCAACCGAUACCUCUAAAUCAGACCACCUAUCCAACCACAGAUUCGUUCCUUUACUUUACACAAGAGGAUAUUAAUUUGUAUAACUUAUACGGAGUCUUUUUACAGAAUUAA